UUUAAAGAAAUUUAUGAAAACCCCGGUGUAAAAAUAAAAAGGUAAGCCAUGUCUUCGGGAGUUGUAGUUUUUCCGCAGUGACGAUGCGCUCUGGUUAAGGCACGUGACACUUCAUUUCCCACAACCCCUCAGAAUCCCUUUAAGCCUCCGGCCGGGUCACGCCCACGCUAAACCGACUGUAAUCCUCACUGUACACAACAGAAUCCUCCGCGGGGCAUUUCUCCUCUUUCAUAAGUUUUUAUCUUCCACAAACACAAACCGGAAAUGGAUAAUUCUGGGAAAGAGAAGGAGGCGAUUCAGCUAAUGGCGGACGCCGACAAAAAAGUCAAAUCUUCUGGUUCCUUCCUGGGCGGGAUGUUUGGAGGAGGACCUCACAAAGUGGAGGAGGCGUGUGAGAUGUACUGCAGAGCUGCUAACAUGUUCAAGAUGGCCAAGAACUGGAGCGCCGCUGGGAACGCCUUCUGCAAGGCUGCACGUCUGCAUAUGCAGAUGCAGAACAAACACGACUGUGCUACGAGUUUCAUCGAUGCAGGAAACGCCUACAAGAAAUCUGACCCAAAUGAGGCAAUCAAGUGUUUAAAUGCUGCCAUCGAUAUUUACACAGACAUGGGAAGAUUCACCAUCGCUGCCAAACACCACAUCAGCAUCGCAGAGAUCUACGAGUCUGAGCUCGUGGACAUCGAAAAGGCUAUUGCACAUUAUGAACAAGCUGCAGAUUACUACAAAGGAGAAGAAUCAAACAGCUCUGCUAACAAGUGUCUGCUGAAGGUCGGAGCUUACUGCGCUCAGCUGGAGCAGUACCAGAAAGCCAUCGAGAUCUACGAGCAGGUGGGAGCGAACACCAUGGACAACCCGCUGCUGAAAUACAGUGCCAAAGAGUACUUCUUCAAAGCCUCUCUCUGCCAUUUCAUCGUGGACGAGCUCAAUGCGAAGAUCGCCGUUGAGAAGUACGAGGAGAUGUUUCCGGCUUUCUCCGACUCCAGAGAAUGUAAACUCCUGAAGAAGCUUCUGGAGGCUCACGAGGAACAGAACAGCGAGGCGUUCACUGAGGCCGUGAAGGAGUUCGACUCCAUUUCCCGUCUGGACCAGUGGCACACCACUCUGUUGUUGCGCAUCAAAAAGACCAUCCAGGGCGACGAGGGAGACCUGAAGUAGCGGGAGGAGUCGAGGCGAAGGAUGCGGCAUGAGGGGAGCACGCCAUCAUGCAUGCUUUCACACACACACACACACAGAUGUUCAUUUUGCUGAUUCUCCACCGUUGUGUUACCGGGCAGAAUGUAAACCCUCGGGCCCUCAGCUCCGCUCAGACCGUGGAGCAUGCCGCGGGUCAGAACCAGCAGGAGCUGCAUGUUUUUUUACAGCGGAUUCUCAGUUCAGUCAGCUUCCGGUUCGCUUUUUAGACGAUGCAACCCAUCUUUUUUUUUAGAAGCAGUUUUUUAGAGCUGAAUAAUUAACAAAAGCAAUCAAGAACUUUAAUUUUUAUGCAUCGAUUGUACUUUUCCUAGAAAAGGGCGAUGAUAUGCACAAGCGUAGACUGUUAAAUGUUUGUAUUUCUACUGGUUCAGUUCGUUCUCAAAGCUGCUGUUUCAUUCGAACGACGUGGAGCUCCUUCCUAAAGGUCCUGGAGCUCAUGUGUGUUAUUAGUCUCAUUUCGUGUCGUGGGUCAUUUCCGCUCCGCACCUUUCAGACGGCCAGUAAACCGCGCAUGUGUGUCGUUCAGUGUUGUGUUCAUGCACUAGUUUUAGACCAAAGUUCCUGUGGGAGCCGGCUGCUUCCUGCUGGAGUGACAGCUUCUUCCCCAGGUCAUCACUAAUAAAAGUAUUACACCCAGAA